AGAUCACAUGUUAGCAAUGUGACACACCUGAGAAACGUCACGCUCGUUUACUCAGCUGGUCACUCAGUGGCCUCUGAUUCAUUUUUUGCACCAGCUUCCUUGGCAGGGGUAGAUACGUUAUUGAUUAGCAGCCAGGUAAUAGGUUAUGGAUUAGGAGCCUGGGACAUGACACAUGAUGGAGCUUGUGCCAGCGUUCAUUCCGCCAUGGAGGGCCGAGCCGCUUGUCCGACGUCCGGCGAGGAGUCCGGGGGCGAGGUGAGCUGCUGCGCCAGGCUGCGGGUAUCCGAACGCUACAAGACGGAAACGCUGCUCUUGUUGAGGCUUGCUGGUCCCAUGUUUAUUUCUCAGCUGAUGAGCUUCCUGAUCGGCUUCGUCAGUUUGGUGUUCUGCGGUCACUUGGGAAAAACCGAGCUGGCCGGGGUAGCGUUAGCCAUAGCGGUGAUCAAUGUGUCAGGUAUCUCCAUUGGCAGCGGUCUGGCGUCCGCCUGUGACACCCUCAUAUCUCAGACGUACGGCAGCGGCAACCUGAAGCGCGUGGGCGUGAUUCUUCAGAGGGGGGUCCUGAUUCUGCUGCUGGCCUGCUUCCCCUGCUGGGCCGUCCUCGUUAACACUCAGCCCCUCCUGCUCGCCGUCGGUCAGAAUGCAGACGUCGCCAGCCUGUCCCAGCUCUACGUGAAGAUCUUCAUGCCGGCUCUGCCAGCCACCUUCAUGUACCAGCUGCAGGCGAGGUAUCUUCAGAAUCAGGGCAUCAUUUGGCCCCAGGUGAUAACCGGCGCCAUCGGGAACAUAUUCAAUGCAAUCAUCAACUACAUCUUGCUGAAGGUUUUGGACCUCGGGGUGGCUGGCUCAGCUGCAGCUAACGUCAUCUCUCAGAUGUCCUUGGCUGUGUUUCUGUUCGUCUACAUGAUGGCCAGAGGUCUUCACAAAGCCACGUGGGACGGCUGGACGUCAGAGUGCCUGCAGGAGUGGGGUCCCUUCCUGCGUCUGGCCAUCCCCAGCAUGCUGAUGACGUGCUUGGAGUGGUGGCUCUACGAGAUCGCCGGCUUCCUGUCGGGUUUGAUUAGCGAGGUGGAGCUGGGGGCCGAGUCCGUCGUGUACCAGACGGCCGUCCUGGUCUUCAUGUUCCCGUUGGGCUUCUCGGUAGCCGGCAGCGUCCGUGUGGGAAACUGUCUCGGCGGCGGGAACACCGAGCAAGCCAAGCUGUCCGGCAAGGUCGCCGUCUUGUGUGCAUUCAUCGCCUCGUGCUUCAUCGGAGCCUUCCUCGCCGUGUCUCGGAAUGUCAUCGCUUACGUUUUCACCACAGACAAGGACAUCGUGGCGAGGGUGGCGGACGUCAUUUUGUUGUACAGCGUCAUCCACGUGGCCGACGCCUUCGCGGCGGUGACGGGAGGUAUAGUCAGGGGGGCCGGCAAGCAAGCGGUGGGAGCGGUGUGCAGUUUGGUGGGUUACUACGUGGUGGGCUUCCCCAUCGGAGUGUCGCUGAUGUUCCCCUUCAACAUGGGCAUCAUGGGACUUUGGACCGGGUUCCUCAUCUGUGUGGUGAUGCAGGCGCUCUUCUUCGCACAUCUUUUGUGCCGACUCAACUGGAAGAAGGCCACAGUGGAGGCGUUGAAACGAGCUGGAGUCCAGGUCCAAGAAACCGGCAAGAUCUUCGCCAUAGAAAACCAAGCAUGUGACCAGGAGCACAGUCCUUCCAGUCCCACAGAAUCCAGGUCGGCCGAGCCAGACUCCUCGGCCUUGUCCUCCAGCCAACUGGCGUUACGACGUGGACUCACGGUGCUCGCCAUGGUCGCCCUCCUCGUUGCCAGUGUCUUCGUCAGCGAGCUGCUCGUGGACCUCCAGUUGGCCGAGUGACGGUGAGGGGACAAGAUCACAAAAAGCGUUGAUGGACUGUGUCUCAAAAGAAACACACUUCACUCCAGUAAGUGCACACUUAGGUCCUCAGUGUGUAAACUUUGACAGAAUUACUGUCCUAAAUCUUUGUAUUUACAGUUGUUUUUUUUUUCUUUUUCAUCGUAGCCACCAGUUUAAAUGCACUUUUCAGGCGUUUUUCAAUACUAAGUUUGAACAUGUGUGCACUAAAAAGACGAAGUGUACUUAAAAAAUGCCAUCAUUGAGGUACUGCAUGUACUCGCUGAUCAUGUUCUGCCCCCUGCUGACCGAAAAGGCAUAUGACAUGUUCAAAAGUGCUUAAAUAAGUGACUUGACGAUAUAUUUUUAAUCUAAUACACAAAUGUAACUUCAUAUGAGAUUGGAUAAUAUUUUAUAAGAUUUGAAAUAGAAGUUUCACUAAAUGAAAUGGACAGCUUCUGAGCCAGAAUGUACACUUUUUACUAAAAGUAAUGACAUUCAGAUAUUUACAGUAUUUUAAACAAAAAUAUUGUUAUAUACUUGUUAUAAAAAUAAAAAUAUAUUUUUUAUGUAUAAUAUAGUCAAUCAUUAUAUAUACAUAUUAUACAAAUACAAAACAUUUCUUUCAUAUACAUAAUGUAGUAAUUUUAUAUGUUGUAUAUACAAAAACAUUUUUUAUGUAUACAAAUAAUUUCAUAUUUUAUAUACAUUUUAUAUAAAUGCAAAAAUAUAAAUUUUAUACCCAUAAUGUAGUAAAUAUUACAUACAUAUGUAAAUACAG